UACAUUACGGAAAAACAGAAAAUCACGUUUCAUAAAUUUCCAAUUGAUGACGAAGAAUUAGCAAGAAAGUGGUUGAAAAAUAUCGCGAGAAAAGAUUUUCAUCCUUCGCAACGUACCAGGGUUUGUUCCAAGCAUUUUACUCCAGAUGAUUUC